AACAUGGCGCUGCGCAUCGGUUCUGUUGGCAGAAGAGAAACAAUGCUGGGGAUCAGUCGUCUACUCUUGGCUGUGGUGCCCUGGUGUCAGUCUAGUCAACGUACCCACCAUACCCUUGGCACCUCACUGAAGUACAUACCACGCCGUGCCAUACUCUACGUACCUGGAAACGAUGAGAGAAAACUGAGGAAACUGACUUCGCUGGAUGUGGACUGCGCCGUUCUCGACUGUGAAGAUGGGGUCGCCCUCAACCAAAAGGAUGCAGCUCGGAAAACCAUCCCGAAGAUGUUGGCAGAGCUUGAUCUGGGGCGCACAGAGAAGUGUGUACGGGUGAACUCAGUAUCCAGUGGCCUGGCUGAAGCCGACCUGGAGGUUAUUCUACAGGAGGAGGUGCUGCCCACCGCUCUCAUGCUGCCAAAGGUGGAGGACACAGGAGAGGUUCAAUGGUUUGUUGACAGGUUUGAGCAGUACUUAAAAGGCAGAGAGCUAAAAGAACCCAUCCGCUUGGUCACCUUUGUGGAAACUGCUGUGGGUUUGCUCAAUUUUAAGGCAGUGUGUGAAGUACUUCGAGAUCUUGGGCCAAAGGCAGGUUUUCAUCAUGAUGGAGUUGUCUUUGGAUCAGAUGACUUCUGUGCCAGCAUAGGUGCCACACGCACCAAAGAUGCUAAAGAACUCCUCUAUGCACGGCAGAAAGUGGUGGUCACCACCAAAGCAUUCGGCCUCCAGGCAAUCGACCUUGUUUACAUCGACUAUAAGGAUGUGGAAGGACUGAGGCAGCAGGCCAGAGAAGGCGCGCUCAUGGGCUUCACUGGAAAACAAGUGAUCCACCCCAGCCAGAUCAAGGCUGUUCAAGAGGAAUUUACCCCCAGUCCGGAAAGAAUCAAGUGGGCCAUGGAGCUGAUCGCUGCAUUCGAGGAUCAUCAAAAGUUGGGAAAGGGGGCUUUCACCUUUCACGGCAGUAUGAUUGACAUGCCAUCUCUGAAGCAAGCCCAGAACAUUGUCACAUUGGCUUCAGCUGUUCAGGGGAAGUGAGCUAGUCAUCAAAAUCUGCACCACGCUGGCCACCAACCAUGCCAUGCACUUCACAUCAACACAGUUGUACCAUACAAUAUGUUCUGUCUUGAUUGAAAAGUAAUUGAAGUUCCACUUAAGUCAUUUUGGUUGUUUUGAUUAUUUAUUUGUUUGUUUGAUUUGGGCUGCUGAAAUUUAUUUUAGUUGCAUUACCAUUUUAUGCAUUAGUUUGUGUUUGUGUGUGUGCCAGUGCCCACCCCCUGCCUCUCUUGUGUCAGGACAGACGAAUGUCCAUGGCAAAGGUUGUGCAUGCCCACAGAAAGGGCAAACAAACAGUGCUGCCCUGCCAUUGCGCUUCCAUUCAGCCUGAAGACUACUCCAGGCCCCUGCACAUCAAAGUGCUGUUUGCCAAAAAGCCGGCAUGAAUUUACUAAAACCAACAGAGAGCAAAUGAGUCUGUGUCCAUUCUAAAUUGCAGGCCUUUGUUUCAGGAGACUCUGUUAGCCAGUCUGUUCUCUAAGAGAAGGCCUGAAUGUGUCUGCUGCCUGCCGUAAACUCUAAGCUGACCUGAUCAGCGGUGAGGCACACAUUUGCAAGCAAACACAUACACAAAGUGCUCUGCAGUUUGUCCUUUCUCCUUUAUGUAAAUAUCAGCAGUUUUCCAUGCUUUCCUUGGCUUUUUAAUCCCGGGAAGUGGGUCCCAUCACUCUCGCCAAUUUAUAAAUCACCAUGAACUUGCCCAAGCACUAAAAAGACAUGCUGUUGUUGUCUAUUUUACCCAUGUUCAAAACAUGCUUUGUCAAGAAUGCUUCUUUACAAAUAAAGCUCCAGGAUGUCUCUUGAGAGCAUUGUUGUUUUUUAAGUCACAUUUGUUAUGAAUGCAUCUUACAGUACACACGGUUCCCACUCUUUGCUUGUCGUGGCUCCCACGGGCUGAUGAGACCUUUGGCAGAAAUGACUGGUGGAUUUUUCUGGGGUGGGGGAUGGUUGAUGGUUGAUGGUUUCGUUAGUCACUAUGGUAAUAAAGGCCUUCACAAGCAGGACUUGAUAUGGAAUGAUCAAUAGAGUCUGUGGUGAGCAUCUCGGUCCCAAGCUCUGUGCCAGCCAAAGGACGCAGACAUAAAGAUAGAAGCUGUGAGCAGCUCAAAGGGCCGGCAGUAAGCUGACGGCCUGGCACCCAGCCCACUCUUCUCUCUCCCAUGCUCUCUACCAUAUGCGCUCAUUUAAUUUUAAUUUUCUUUGGAUUCUUCUUUUUUGACUCAUGUCAGACAAGCCCCUUUGCUCUCCUAAGCACUUUUUAAACAAGUUUUGAAGACUCUCAAUCAGAACUUGAGACAGCAGGAUCAAUAGGCCAAUGCACAUAGAUGAGAGCGAUUAAUACAGAUCUACUUAGAUGCAUUGUGGCAUAUAUCUCUGCCAACAGACUAAUAUAUAUAUAUAUAUAUAUAUAUAGGAAAAGGAAUAUUGGACUAAACACAACACAACCCAGACCCACACAAGAGAUCGGAGGAUGCUGACCUCUGACUUGGUCACAUAAAACUUUCUAAGAAAUCAGUUUGAUUAGUUGUUUGUUGAUUGAUAUCACUAAACACUAAAGUGGACUUCUGUGUGUCUGCCCCCUCCCCUGAAAUGGCUACUUAAGUGGUUCUUCUGCCUUUUCAAAAGCAUACAAAUGUGUGUGUUUAUUGUCUUUACUGUUUGUAACUGAGAAGUGUGAUCAUUUUGCACCUUAUUUUUUAUGCAAAGUUAAAUUUUAUUUGCCAGAAGAAUUAAUCCUGUAUCUGUACACCAAAGUAGUGUUAAUUAAUUAUCUUGAAACUGAACUGCACAGUGAAAGAAUUUGGGUGUAAAGGAUUUGAGGUCAGUAGAGCUCAGCAAAAUGCUACUUCCUCCUAUUCUUUGUCAUUUUUCAUGACAUUUCUAUUAUGCUUCUAACUUGACAUAAUCUUUUCAGCUCACAAGGCAGAAUUAUUUAAAUACAUUUACUAUUAUUCCCAAAGAGAGUACAAUACAAUUAACACGAAUAGGACCUUACCAAAUCUUGACAGCACUCAAUUAGGCUUGAAACACAGUCCUGAUGGUUGUAUGCUGAGAUUGCUGUCAUAAAUUAUCUGAUAUCAACCUAGCAGAGAAAAUGCAUGUAUGCAAAGUGCUUUCAGAGGAAAAUUAAAAGGAAACGUUUUACAUAUUUUUCAUUAAUCUCAAUGGGACCCGUGUGGCAGGGAGGAUUUUACUUGCCUAAUUUCUCACCAAGGGAUCUCCCAAUAAUUACUUUAUUCUUUUACUAAACAAUAUAUGACAAACUCAUUUCAACAAAGAUGAUUUUUCCGCAAUAAAACUAAUCGUUUACCACAGGGGCAUGCAGCAACCAUUUUGGAAAUAAUGUAUAAUUGAAAUGAAAUUUAAUUUAUUUCCAGUGAGGAUAAUGAGAAAACAAUUAACUCUAAUGCUUAAAAAUGUCUUGGGGUUUUUUCAUGUAGGGAAUUUCCUAGAAUUAUAUGCAGAGAACAUUAUAAAAUAUACUGUAUAUAUUAACCAUAUACUGAAUAGUAACUGAAUAAUUAACUUCCUAAAUAAUAACCGUUGAUGAUAAUGAUAAUAAUUUUGUGGCUGAAGGAUUAUGUAUUGCCCAAUAGAUGCAAAAGGAGUUUCAUUCAUAGUUGUUCUCAUGUUUAAAUAUAACUACUAAAAAAUA